UGUCAUUUGUAGUGUGAACAAAGCACUUAGUGACAAUCUGUCAGUGCAUCAUUGUUUACGGUUUACGAAGCGAAGUGGGAAUAAUUGACCUCUGACCCGGCGCUGGCGCAGGCCCCAUAAUGUGGAAACACCAGGAAGAUUGUGUCGCCGCAUAACCACGCUCACACGCAUCGAUAAAAGAUUACAAUCAUUCAGGAGACGAAGCGCCCUUGAUUAACAAUUAACUAUAGAGGUCGCUGGAAGAUUCUUAGAGACAAAUGCGGACACAUCCGAAAAAGCUCCAGUAGUGACGCCUCGUGCAACGCAUUAUUCUGUGUUCGUUGUCUUAGUUACAAUUGAUUGGCGUACAUAUCCGGCACGUAUCAGCCUCGCAGCCUCCCAGUAUCUAUGUAACGGCACACCAGUGUGAAUCGUCCAUCGCCGCCUAUGCGCUAUUAUAUCCAUCGGGAGAUUAUGUAAACAAAUCUAAUAAACCAGUGACAAGCAUAUAAUUUGACGUUAACGAAGUAUAAACAAUCAUCGAAGAAAUGGCGAUAUAUUCCCCCCACAUAAGACUACGGCUGAGGAUAGCCGUUCUAAGUGAGACAAUAUUACUUGCACUACUAUGUUGGUGUACAAGUUCGAUACCAGUGACAUCAGCAUCGCUCAAUAUAACAAGGACCAAGAAAAUAGAUUUAGUUUUAGCACAAAAUGAAAGUGUGACCGAGGUGUUGUUCCACUGGGAAGACUACAGCGUGCUGGCCGCUAUGCUACUCAUUUCGUGCCUGAUUGGUGUAUUUUACGGGUAUUUUGGGGAGAAGCAAACAACCGGUGACGAUUUCCUGCUUGGUGGAUCAUCGAUGGGCACAUUUCCUAUGGCAUUAAGUCUUGCGGCAAGUUUCAUCACAGCCAUCGAGCUGUUAGGAAACCCAGCGGAGAUGUAUAUGGCAGGUGCACAGUUUUGGAUGAUUUGUGUCGCGUUUGUGCUGGUGGUGCCAAUCGCGAGCCAGCUGUACCUGCCAGUGUUUAUGAGACUCCGGCUGACGUCAUGUUACGAAUAUUUGGAAGUGCGUUUCUGCAAGUCUAUCCGCGUGUAUGCCAGUGCAUUGUAUUUAAUGCAGAUGAUACUAUACACGGCUGUUGCGGUGUAUGCCCCUGCGCUGGCACUGUCCGAUGUUACCGGACUGAAUACUUAUUUGGCCGUUUCACUGGUGUACGUGGUAUGCAUCUUCUACGCUACUCAGGGUGGAAUGAAAGCAGUCAUAAUGACGGACUCCUUUCAAUCGGCCGUCCUCGUCGGAUCUCUGGCCGCGGUCCUGGCGAUGUCUUCAACCCAGGUCGGAGGAUUUGACGUGGUAUGGGAGCAUGCUUGGCGAACACACCGGCUUCACUUUUUCGACAUGAAUCCCGACCCAACAGUGCGACAUUCGUUUUGGUCUGUGGUAAUCGGAGGUACCAUGUACUGGGUCAGCAUGUUCUGCGCGAACCAAGCGUCAGUUCAGAAGUAUCUGUCAGUUGAGCGCAUAUCGCAAGUCAGAGUAGCACUUUGGGUAUCAGCCAUUGGCCUCAUCGCCAUCUACUCAGUGAAUUUCAUCACUGGUGCUGUCCUAGCCGUCCACUACGCAGACUGUGAUCCGAUUCAGGCUGGAGUGAUCAACGCAUCAGAUCGCCUUCUACCACUGUACGUGGUGAAGCAGUUGGGAGGUUCCCGGGGGAUUCCUGGUUUCUUCGUCGCUGGGAUUUUUGCAGCCAGCCUUGGAACUGUAGCCUCCGCGUUGAACUCAUUGGCUGCUAUACUAUGUCAAGAUCUGGCCACGGGACUCCUUGGGAUCACGCUGCCAGAACAUAGAGGAGCAGCAAUAGCUCGCUGGGUGUGCCUGGCGUGCGGCGUGGUAUCCUUCGGGCUCGUGUUCGCAGUUGAGCGCCUCGGUCCCGUGUUACAACUGGCGCUCUCCUUUAACGGAAUGGCAGGCGGAGUGGCGCUAGGAUUGUUUUCGCUGGGCAUGUUUUUCCCAUGGGCCAAUGCUAAGGGGGCAGUAGCUGGCGGUGUGUUCGGGCUGCUGCUGGUGGUAGCAGCUGGAGGUGGUGCACAGCUAGCUCAGCUGCCCAUGCCGCGUCUGCCUGGCUCCACGGAUGGCUGCGUAGCUCCCUACAAUAUGACCACGCACAUGACUGUCAACCCUAAUGAAAACCAUGACGAUGCAGUAUUUUGGCUGUUCCGUGUGUCAUAUCUUUGGUACUCGGGUCUCGGAUGCGCGGCUACGUUAGUGGCGGGACUCAUCGUGUCCGUUUUGACGGGAGCUACCGACCCUGCCCAAGUACCCAUCGACCUGAUCUCUCCGCCGGUUGUUGCACUACUCAACUCUCUGCCAAAGAGGUUUAAGCGAGCUUUAAAGGUGCCCACUCGGCUUGGCUCGGAGCGUCGCCGUAGCUCUAGCGUGCGUCCUCCGAGCGUUGCUGACGACAAAGACACUCGACGUCGCCGCCGACUGUCCGAAAUGGCUGGAGGAGUGUUCUACAGUGACGCUCCCACACUCACGCGAGGCUACGACAAUUUCGCCCUCGGCCUUGAUCCGGAAAAGCCUCCACCAAAUGACCAUAACAGAUCUAACAGUAUUAAAUUCGAACCCAAUUCAGAAAAUCACUUGUCAGAAACAUCUACUUGUUGAGCCAUUAAUUAAGUACGUAGGUAAAAUUAUUUAAUGUUUAAUUGUAAUUAAAUACUGUAUGUAACUAAGCGCUUCAACAAUAGACUGAGGUAGCUUGAAAAGCGAGUGCUGGGGCGAGUGCCAUCUAUCAUACCCAUACCUAUUGUUCGAACGACACGAUAAUUUGAUAUAAGUAGACAAAAUUAGAUUUAUAAGACAAAUAGCUUUACAUCUAAUUUAGUACCUACUUGCCUUUCUUAAACUUCUUCAUACGAACAACACAUUUCUGAAAUCCACGAUGCACUGCACGCGCCAGAGCCAAUCGCUAGAGACCACCAAUAAUCUUCAUUAGGUACCUACCUAAACUUAACGUAUAUAAGAAACGAUAAACGCAGAGAAACUGUUCGUAGCUGCUUUAUCGUGUCUAACCUUUUGUUUUAUAUUACGCAGCAAGUGAUUAGUUCCAUAUUGGUUGAGUUAGCUGACUGAAAACGUUAACUGCAAAGCUAGCAUAUGGCUAAGUAGCGGUUAGAAGGCAAUUUUGAAAGUUUUCGAGACCCCUGGAUCAGAAUCACACACGAUUUUUUUAGAGUUCCUUACUUAAAUUCACAGGGAUCUAAUGGUAAGUUUAUGUAGGUUUUGGAUGGCGCAAGCGUUAGUUUCUUCACAGGCACGACGAAAUGUGUUAGCGUCCCACUUAAUAGACAUGGUUAUCUUCUACUGGGAAUCAAACCCGUUAUUAUAAUAUAGUUAAUUCACCCACAGGAUUGGCAUUACACGAUACCUAACUCGGACAAUUAAUUAAUUAAUUAAUUUUGUAGUACAUAUAACUUAGUAAGAUAUUUUGUAAAUACAUAUAUUUUAUCACUGACACAAAGAAAUACUUAAUUUAAUAUUUUUAGUAGUUACUAGUAUUCCGUUAAUUUAAAUAAAAUGUAGUAUGUAUGUAGUAUUCAGUUUGACAAUAAGAAUUAUUUUAUAUCAAAUGUUAGAAAAUAAAGACUAUGUUUAUGGUUUU